AGCAGCCGAAUAGCAAGCCAACAGCAAUAACAUCAACAACAAAAUAGACAAUAUGCCGUGGCAAGUGCACCCGCAAAUCGUCUCCUGCACGCGCUCAGCUGCUCCUCUCGUGCUGCCGCUUAUACUCGCCAGCAGCAACGCAGGUGCCGCAAACAAAAAUACCUCACACAGCCUGUGUGUGCCGCUGGACCCACCCAGUCUUGCUCACUGCUCCAUUCCCGCUGGCUGCGUGCGACGUCACUGUGUCAUGCCGCCGACAGGGUUGCCGUGUUUCGUCUCACGCCCUCGCUGUGCUUCCAGGCUCGCCGCCGUGCACGGCAGUAACGACACCUCGGCCAUCGUCAACGUGGCAGCACGCGUAACUUAUCGCAGCUUCUACUCGGGCUUGGACGAGUCUCGCGUGCACCGACUUCGGCGUUCAGGUAUUACUUUUAACCGCCCGCGCGGUCGCGACACGUUCUCCGUCGCCUUCGAGAGCCGUCUGCGCAUUGUACCGCUGACGCAGAUGUCAGACCUCUACGGCCCGAUUGACGCCUCGUUGAUCACCGCCGUGAACGCGGAUGACCCGACAAGCAGCGCCGGCAACCCGCUUGAGCAGAAAAAGUUCAUGGCCGGCGACGCCCACAUACGCCGUGUAGUGGAGAGGAAACGACGAGACGAGGCGCGUCUGCGGGAGAAGCAGGACUGGCAUGUGCUGGUGGUGGAUCCGAUCGAGCUGGCGGCCGCAGCGGCCCCGGUGCCGUUUCCGAGUCCGCAUCCGGCGUACUACCAAGACUGGCCGACCACAGCGUCUGCUGCGUCUACCCGACCGCCACGUGCGAGCUGGCGCGUGUUGGAGCAACGCGAGGCCAGUCCGUACGGUGACCCAUCCCUCCCUUUCUUCGCCUCAGCCGACGCGACCACCACCACCGCCACUGUGGGAGAGGCGGCAGGUGGCUCUUCGUGCUUGUCGGAGGGCAACGUUGCGCGUCCUUUUGCAUCUUCCACGGCGUCUCUCCCAUCAAAUGCGUAUUUCUAUCGUCCCCGUGACCGCCGUCACCUCCAACAAAGCGGCGACACCACGCUCCUCGCGGGGACAGCGGUGCGAGAGAUCACGCUGCACCUUCCGCACCCCGACUCGACGCCCUCACACCCCCUCCCUCCCUCCCCCCACGCGGUUCGCCAGCGCUUUUACACGGCCGUCUGCGUCGACCCGGACAUCCACCACGAUCGCUUUCACCGUGAGGAGGCACAGGUGGAGAUGAUCUCCGCCUACCGCAACAUCUUGUACGAAGCAGCCGAGCUGGCAACACCGGCGGAGAGCGGAAUGAAUGACGCCGGCAGCCUCCGUCGCAGUUCCGCGACUACGCGAGCAGCGCCCUUCGUCGCAGACGUGGUGCGAGUGCCGGCGCUCUGCCAGUACUCCUGCGGCGGUCGGUUUUUGCACGAACUGGGGAAGUUGAACCAGCAAUCGGUGAUUAAGGGCUUCCAUCGUCUCAGCAACGAGGCGAAGGAGGAGCUGAUUACUAAUCGCUGCUUCACGGUGGAGAUCUACGUGCCGCCGCUGCUGCUGGAGCAGUUCGAGAAGGCCUUCCUGGAGGAGGCGUGGGAGGCACCGACCUCCACGCUGAAUCCUGGUCGCACCGCCCUCUACCCGGGCCUUGCCCCUCCCCGCACCCUUCUCCAGUACGACGGUUGGAUCGGCAAACGAGCGGAGUUGAUUGAGGCGGUAGAGACAGGCGGUAGGAGUCUGCUGUCGGGUGUGAAGCACGCCCUAGACGGGACGCCGAUUGAGGAGAAGGAGGUGCUGCCCAAUCUCCGCGUCUUUGGCGCUCGCGAGGAGCAGCAGCGGAUGCUGGAGGGGGAGCGGCGGACCGCAGCGGCGGCGCUCGACACCCCGCCGGGGCCGUCGACGUACGCGCCGCUGCGAGCGGGACUGCAGGACGACGCCGCUGGGCGUGACGAGGAAAACGGCAAGACGAAAUGA